AUGCUUCGGCCACUCACGGUUGUCCGGCCUAACGUUGUAACAGGCGCGCCGUUCGCUGCGGUCCUGUUGGAAGCCGAUACAGACCGAGAUGUCUCCCCAGCAGUCAGACGCAGACUCCCGCAGACCAUCGCCCACCGCGGUUACAAGGCCGUGUUUCCCGAGAACACCUUGGUGGCAUUCCGGAGCGCCAUCGAGAUCGGUGCCCACGCCAUCGAGACGGACCUGCAUAUGUCCAAAGAUGGCGUUGUGGUGCUUUGCCAUGACAGCUCGUUGAAACGGUGCUUUGGCAUAGACGCUAAAAUUGCCGAUUGCGAGUGGCGUUAUCUGAGCACGCUGCGGACCUUACGUGAGCCCCGGCAACCAAUACCGCGGUUGGUAGAUUUGCUUGAGUACCUGGCGCAACCAGGCCUAGAGAAUAUUUGGGUUCUGCUUGAUGUAAAACGAGACGAUGACGGUAGCGAGCUCUUGAGUGGUGUAGCAGCUGCCUGUGCUUCUGUCCCAACAAAGCGGGCAUGGAGCGAGAGACUAGUCAUGGGCUGCUGGACCGCGGACUACGUGAGCCUCUGCUUGAGACAUCUCCCCGGGUUCCCGUUCACUUACAUCGGCUGGUCACUCACCUACGCCCGAGAACUGCUCCCUGUGCCGAAUAUGAACUUCAACAUGUUGCAGUAUAGCCUCGUAGGGCCAUGCGGCACUCGCUUCCUGAAAGACGUAAGGAAAGCGGGCCGGCUGGUUUUCGUCUGGACCGUCAAUGACGAGGCAUGGAUGGAAUGGAGUAUUCGAAAAGGCCUGGACGGCGUCAUUACAGAUGACCCGAAGCUCUUCCUGGAGGUUUGCAAGCGCCGGGACAACGAAGACGACAGUACACGGUCGCAGAUGAGGCUCUCCCUUCUGGCGAGGCAGGCUGUUGAGAUUGCGGCUUUCCAGGUUUUCUCCGCCUUGCUCGCUCUGUAUAUGUUAACUGCGGUAGGGACACCGAGGAAACAUGCCCAAAAGGCACUUCAAAGAUAAAUGGGGAGAUGAAGGGAGAUGCAGGGGUCGGUCAACGUUGACUGGGUAUAUAUCGGGCAUAGAAGCCAUGAGACAUGCUGUGAGACAUGACUUCAGGGCUCGCAAAUAGAGUAUGUGUAGAUCCAGCCAACUGAAGGCUCUUACAGAAGGAAACCAGGUCGAUGAUAUAGAUAAGUAGAACAAUGGGGCAGCAAGAGACUCAAAGUGCUUUAUGAAGCGGUUUCUGUUUCGCCAUGCUUAAAUGCCUCACAAUCAGAUUACUAUCAGCUUAGUAGAGAUUUGCGAAAUGGGUCAACCAGCUCAUUACCGCGAGGGCAGCUCCAAGCAGCAAACAGCAAGGUACGGCACUCGUAAUAGGAAGGC